GAACGGUAGGACCUGCAGGACUCGCCUCGGCUUCAGCUAGUAUCAGCAGCCUCCAUGCGCAAGCAACUUGAUCCCCGUAUACCCGUACUAAUUAACAAUAAUGUCAAGAAAAAUCACCGGUCCUUCAUAGUUCUGGUCGGUGAUAAGGGGAGGGACCAGAUCGUGAAUCUCCACUUUUUGCUUUCACAAGCGCGCGUGUCGGCACGCCCUUCAGUACUAUGGUGCUAUAAAAAGGAUCUUGGUUUUACCGCGGCACGAAAAAAGCGAGAGGCAAAAAUCAAGCGGGACGUGAAGAGAGGUGUGCGGGAGCCAAACGAGCAAAAUCCAUUCGAAAUUUUUGUGACUGUCACGGAUAUCCGUUAUACCUAUUAUAAAGAAUCGCACCGUAUAUUGGGAAACACCUAUGGAAUGUGCAUCCUGCAAGAUUUUGAGGCAAUCACACCCAAUCUCCUGGCACGCACUAUUGAGACGGUAGAAGGCGGCGGACUAGUGGUGCUUCUCCUGAAAACAAUGUCAUCUUUGAGGCAAUUGUACACUCUUACUAUGGAUGUACAUGCCAGAUACAGAACCUCAUCUCAUGAUUCGGUAAUUGCGCGAUUUAACGAACGGUUCAUUCUCUCCCUGGGAUCUUGCUCGGACUGCUUGGUUUUGGAUGAUGAACUGAAUCCAAGGAUAUCACCCCCAAUUGAAGAGGAACGCGGGAAGGGUAAGGUGGACUCCGAGCUCAAGGACCUCAAGGAUAGUCUCGCAGACACAAAACCUGUCGGGCGAGCUCGUCGCGGUAAAUCUGCGGCCCUAGGCUUGGCAAUCGCUGCCGCUCUCGCUCAUGGAUACUCAAAUAUUUUCAUUACGAGUCCCAGUCCAGAAAACUUGAAUACACUUUUUGAAUUCAUCUUCAAGGGUAUGGAUGCUCUCGGUUACGAGGAGCACUUGGACUACGACAUUGCACAGAGUACGAAUCCGGAGUUUAAUAAGGCCAUCGUCCGCGUAAAUUAUAUCCAACCUGAGGAUGCACACUUGUCCAUCGAUGAGGCAGCCGCCAUCCCCCUUCCCCUUGUCCGCAAUCUCCUGGGCCCGUACCUUGUUUUCAUGGCCUCGACAAUCAACGGAUAUGAGGGCACAGGUCGAUCUCUUUCUCUCAAACUUAUUCAACAACUUCGCGAAAGUACCCGACCUUCACUCACAAAAGAUGCUGCUGCGCCUGUCGAAGAUGGUGCUACUGCCUCAACUUCCAAAAAGCCCACGCGCUCCGCCGCCCCUAAAGCUCGAACCCUUCGUGAAAUCAAACUUGAAACACCUAUCCGAUACUCUGCUGGCGAUCGCAUCGAAAAAUGGCUGAAUGGCCUUCUUUGCUUGGAUGCAACGAUCGUACCCAAGGCCGCUCAACAAGGCUGCCCGCACCCUUCUUCAUGCGAGCUAUACUAUGUGUUCUUGCAGCGCAUGAUGGCGUUGUAUGUUGCCAGUCACUACAAGAAUCAACCAAAUGACCUCCAGUUGAUGUCGGACGCCCCAGCACAUCACCUUUUCGUGCUCCUACCCCCCAUAUCAGACGACGAGUCUCAUCUUCCAGAGCCACUUGUCGUACUGCAAGUCGCACUGGAGGGGAAUAUCAGCAAAGCCGCCAUCAUGGAUGGCCUGAGCCGCGGUUUGCGAGCAGGAGGUGACAUGAUCCCUUGGCUUGUCUCCCAGCAGUUCCAAGAAAGCAAAUUUGCACUCCUCUCUGGUGCCCGGAUUGUACGGAUCGCAACCCAUCCCGAUUACGCAAAUAUGGGGUACGGAUCCCGGGCUCUGAAAGCGCUAAAUUCUUUCUACAGCGGAGAGUACUUUAACUUGGAUGAAGCUACUCCCGCCGAACCCUCCUAUCCCGAUGCAGCAGCCCUAGAUCCGGAAACGGAUCUUAAAACGGAUCACCCCACAGUGCGCGCCCCUGAGGCGAUGCCCCCACUUCUCCAGAGGUUAUCAGAAAGGAAACCUGAAACUUUGGAUUACCUUGGAGUCUCGUAUGGCCUAACGCCUCAACUUCUUCGCUUCUGGAAGAGAGCUGGAUAUGUACCACUAUACAUCCGUCAAACGCAAAGCGAGCUAACGGGAGAGCAUACGUGCGUUAUGGUCCGGGGACUUAACAGUUCGACCGAUGGCGAACUGGAGUGGAUGGGCGAGUUUUCGAAAGAUUUCAGGCGGCGGUUCCUAUCUCUGCUCUCUUUCAAGUUCCGUGAGUUCGGCAGCAUCACUGCGCUAAGUGUGCUUGAGGCUGCGGAUAUCGGCGUGAAGAAGCUCGGUGGGAAGAAGUCGCGAGCUGUUGAAUCGUCAGAGCUCUCCAUCCUCAUAUCACCAUUUGACCUGAAGCGUCUAGAGUCAUAUGCCAACAACAUGCUUGACUAUCACGUUGUCCUCGAUCUCCUCCCAACAGUAGCUUCUCUGUAUUUCGAAGGACGGUUAGGAGAUGACGUGAGACUGAGCGCGGUUCAGGCCUCUAUCUUCCUUGGUCUCGGUCUUCAACGAAAGACCAUCGAGGAGGUCGAGGGCGAGCUGUCGCUGCCGGUUUCACAGGCACUAGCUUUGUUUGUCAAGGUUAUCCGCAAGAUCACAAAACAUCUUGUCGACAUCCAGAAGGCUUCGAUCGGCGCCGAUAUUCCGCUGGCCCUUCCAACCACAACUUCACGUGUUGGAGAUGGUGGUGAACCUACGCAGUGGAAACCUGUUGAAACACAUAUUGAGGACGAGUUAAACGAGGCUGGCGAUGAAGCAACAAAAGCGCUUCGCGAAAAGCAACGCGAGAUGAUUGACUCUCUGGAUCUGAGCAAGUAUGCUAUUGACGAUGCCAGCGCGGACUGGAGUGUCGCCGAGGCACAAGUAUCGAGGCUUGCUAAGGGAGAAGGAGCUACCGUUAUUAGUGUGAAGACGAUUGAACCUACUGCUGGCAAAAAGCGGAAAGCGGAAGGUGGAGAUGAGAAAGAUAAAAAAACGACGAGAAGGGGCAAGAAAUCGAGGCGCUGAACAAAGUAUAUUAUAAGUACCGCUAUCGAGUGACGGGUGUUCCGCGGAUGCAUUCCGUGUGUGGUCAGCCUCCGUCGUAAGCGUGAGCUGUUGGCGCUGU